AUGUCAUCGCUUUUAACUAAUAAAGAUUAUUUAAUUACUUCUCGUCUUUUAUCAUGUUUUUCUCCAUCUUACGGUGGUGGAAAUGCUCGUUUAAAAUUAAUUCAAACGUUAGAUAAUUCAAUGAGUAUUUGUACAUCAAUAAGUAGUCGAAUUCAAUAUCAAUUAAAAUAUCGACAUUUAGUUUUAUGUCUUCUUUCAAUUGCUGUUCAAAAACAAACAUCUAUAUAUCAUGAUGGUGGACUUUAUUUUAGUAUUAUAUUUUGUAGUUUUUUAAUACAAUCUCAAGAUAUACUAUCGAAUAAAAAACUUACUUUAUUUCAAUCUUAUUUGGAUUUAAUCGAUCAGAUGAAUAUUCCAAAAGAAAUAAUUACAUUUGAUUCAAUUUAUCAAUAA